CAGAUUCGUUUUUUCGUUUCUUUGAGAUUUCACAUCAGUGGGUUUCUAUGGUUUUCGAAGAUUGAAAGUUUGGAGCUAAGAAGAAAGUCUAAAAAUCAAUGGGUCUAUUGCUGCUUCUUCUUCUUUUAUCAGUCUUUACUGCUUCUUCUGGUGAAUGCAAUAGAGUGAGUGAAAUGGUGCUAAUUAUUUGAAUAAUGGGUUAUUAAGUUUUUGGAUUAAUGGAGGUGGGUUUGUGAAAAAAAAGAGGGAGGGUGAGAAAUGGGGGCAAUUGGUGGGGAAGAGUUGACUAAGUGGGAGGAGAUGCAAGGA